AUGCCAUCGAAGCCUCUGCCGCCAUUUCAAGCUGUGAGAGAAGCUAAGAGCAAUGCUGCAGCCCCACGAGGUGGUGGCUCGAGUCGUGGUGGGCCAGGCCGUGGAAGGGGCGCUCGUGACUUUGGUAAUGGAAAUGCUGACGGUUUUGCAAGAGGUUAUGGUCGUGUUGAUGGAGGUGAAAAUGGAGACAACCGCAGGCCUUUCGAGAGGGAGCGUGGGUUCUAUGGUGGACCCUCUGAAAGGGAUCGUGGAACCUACGAUGGACCCCGUCAACCUUUUCGAGGUGGGCGCCGUGGUGGUGAUGGGAAUGAAGAGACUGGAGGGGAUUCAGAACGGCCCCGGAGGACCUAUGAGCGUCGAAGUGGUACAGGGCGUGGGUAUGAAAACAAGCGGGAUGGGGCAGGGCGUGGGAACUGGGGAAAUGCAACUGACGAUGCUCUCACACAGGAGAUUGGGGAGAAUGUGAAUGCUGAGGAGAAGAUUGCAAGUCAUGAAAAACAGCCAGAGCAGGAUGAUGCACCAUCAGCUGAAGCGGAUAAGGAAAAAAAGGAAGGACAAGCUAAUGAGGCCGAAGAGAAGGAAAAGGAGGAUAAGGAGAUGACCUUGGAGGAAUAUGAGAAAAUAAGGGAGGAGAAGAGGAAAGCCUUGCUCGCAUUGAAGACUGAAGAAAGAAAAGUCGAGAUUGACAAUGAAUUAAAGUCCAUGCAUCUGCUCUCCUUGAAGAAGGAAAACGAUCCCAUCUUCGUCAAGCUGGGUUCUGACAAGAAGAAGAAAGAAAGCGCAGAAAGGGAUGAAAAGGUCAAGAAGUCUUUGAGCAUCAAUGAGUUUUUAAAGCCGGCUGAAGGUGAAAGAUAUUAUGGAAGAGGCCGAGGCAGAGGACGAGGAGACCGUGGUCCUCUUCAAGGUGGUUAUGGUGGUGGUGGUGGUGGUGGUGUUUUUGCCUCCGCGCCAGCAAUUGAAGAUCCUGGCCAGUUUCCUACCCUUGGAGGAAAAUAGGGCGGUUAUCCAACAGAAUGACAACUUGUUUACCACUUCUAGUAUUUGCCUAUUUCUUGAUAUUUAAUAAUGAGAUUUUGGUACUUUUUUCUUUUAUAUUUUUAAGUAUGUAUAUUAAAGUGGUGCUAGGCGGUGUUGUCAUCUUGUCUGAUUAGUUGCCCGUUAGGGUUAAAGAAGUUUUGUGAACUAUGAUGGUAUUGUUGUCGCAUUCUGUUCUAAUUCGGUCGCUCCAGUUUUAUUC